AGUAUCAAAUGGAGCAUGCUGUGGGCUAAGAUGGAAUUUUUAACUUUCACUGAUAAACUUCGCCAGCGUUAUUUGCGAGGGUAAAACUUAUAUCCCCAUUGGAAUCUCAAGCUGGGGGUCGAGACCCAGAUCUUUAUAUCAGAAAAAUUUUCCAUUUUUCAGCACUUAACCAAACCUUGCAAAUCAACGGACAAUGGCGGAUUCGUCGGGGACCACGUUGAUGGAUCUGAUAACGGCGGACCCCGCGGCGUCGACCUCAGGAUCGACGACGCUGCCUCCAUCUUCGGUAUCUGCAUCUGCGACGUCGGCUUCGCAGCAGCCGUCGGGAUCAGUAACGACAACAUCGUCAUCUUCAUCGUCAGGGAAGACGAUAUUAGGAGAGAAGAAGUCAAAGAGAGCAACGCUUAUGCAGAUCCAAAGCGACACCAUUUCUGCUGCUAAAGCUGCCUUGCAUCCUAUGAAAACUAAUAUCAUGCCUCAGAAACAAAAGAAAAAGCCAGUUUCUUAUUCACAACUUGCAAGGAGUAUCCAUGAACUAGCUGCCACAUCUGAUCAGAAAAGUUCUCAAAAGCAAUUAGUGCAUCACGUAUUUCCCAAACUUGCUGUCUACAACUCAGUUGACCCUUCGUUGGCACCAUCUCUUCUCAUGUUGAAUCAACAGUGUGAAGAUAGGACUAUCCUACGCUAUGUCUACUAUUAUCUGGCUAGAAUUUUAUCUGAUACUGGUGCUCAAGGUCUAAGUUCAGGUGGUGGCAUCCCAACUCCUAAUUGGGAUGCUUUGGCUGAUAUUGAUGCUGUUGGAGGCGUGACCAGAGCUGAUGUUGUGCCAAGAAUAGUAGAACAACUUUCAGCAGAAGCUUCAAAUGCUGAUAUUGAAUUUCAUGCUCGGAGAUUGCAAGCUUUGAAGGCACUUACUUACGCUUCUGCAAGUAACACUAAUAUUUUAACCCGAUUGUAUGAGAUUGUAUUUGGCAUUCUUGAUAAGGUUGCUGAUGCGCCUCAAAAGCGAAAGAAAGGCGUGUUUGGGACUAAGGGUGGUGAUAAGGAGUCUAUCAUCCGGAGUAAUUUACAAUACGCUGCUCUAAGUGCACUGAGAAGACUUCCUCUGGAUCCUGGAAACCCAGCCUUCUUGCAUCGUGCUGUGCAGGGGCUUUCAUUCUCGGAUCCUAUUGCUGUGAGACAUGCUUUAGAAAUCAUCUCUGAAUUGGCAACAAAGGAUCCUUAUGCAGUUGCAAUGUCAUUAGGAAAACUUGUACUUCCUGGAGGGGCGUUGCAGGAUGUUCUUCAUUUGCAUGAUGUGCUUGCUAGAGUUUCACUGGCCAGGCUAUGCCAUACCAUAUCUAGAGCUCGUGCACUAGAUGAGAGGCCUGACAUUAAAUCUCAGUUCAACUCGGUGCUCUAUCAACUCCUGCUAGAUCCCAGUGAAAGGGUCUGUUUUGAAGCUAUCUUAUGUGUAUUGGGCAAAUGUGAUAACACUGAGAGGACUGAAGAGCGGGCUGCUGGAUGGUAUCGCUUGACCAGGGAGAUUUUGAAGUUGCCAGAAGCACCAUCUGUAUCAUCAAAGGGAUCCACUGCUGAAUCAAAUGAUUCAUCAAAAGCUUCCAAGGAUAAAUCUCAAAAAACAAGACGUCCACAGCCACUUAUUAAACUUGUAAUGAGGAGGUUGGAGAGUGCUUUCCGUAGUUUUUCUAGGCCAGUACUUCAUGCAGCAGCAAGAGUUGUGCAGGAGAUGGGAAAAAGUCGUGCUGCUGCCUUUGCUGUAGGCUUGCAAGAUAUUGAUGAAGGAGUUAUUGUGAAUACGCAUUCUGAUGCAGUAGAUGAUACAGCUUUUAAUGAAAACCCAUAUGCAACUGGCGUCCGAAGGACCUCUUCUGUAUCUAGUGGAACAGGUGGUAAGGAUACAAUUGCGGGCUUAUUGGCUUCAUUAAUGGAGGUAGUGCGGACAACUGUAGCCUGUGAAUGUGUCUAUGUUCGAGCAAUGGUGAUUAAGGCAUUGAUAUGGAUGCAAGUUCCACAUGAAUCAUUUGAUGAACUGGGAUCCAUUAUUGCAUCAGAGCUUUCUGAUCCAGCUUGGCCAGCCACACUGCUGAAUGAUAUUUUGCUCACCCUGCAUGCUCGUUUUAAGGCAACUCCUGAUAUGGCUGUCACUCUGCUUGAAAUUGCAAGGAUCUUUGCUACGAAAGUUCCCGGGAAGAUUGAUGCUGAUGUGUUACAACUGCUUUGGAAAACAUGCCUUGUUGGCGCUGGUCCUGAUGGGAAGCACACAGCCUUGGAAGCAGUCACGAUAGUUCUUGACCUACCACCACCACAACCUGGGUCAAUGUCAAGACUAACAUCAGUGGAUAGGGUAUCAGCAUCUGAUCCAAAGUCAGCUCUGGCGUUACAGAGAUUAGUUCAAGCAGCAGUAUGGUUCCUUGGGGAAAAUGCAAAUUAUGCUGCUUCUGAAUAUGCUUGGGAAUCUGCAACUCCUCCUGGUACUGCAUUGAUGAUGCUGGAUGCAGAUAAAAUGGUUGCUGCUGCCAGUUCCCGUAAUCCUACUCUAGCUGGUGCACUGACUCGACUACAGAGGUGUGCUUUCAGCGGGAGCUGGGAGGUUCGGAUUGUUGCUGCUCAAGCCCUCACAACCAUGGCAAUCAGGUCUGGUGAGCCUUUUAGACUGCAGAUUUAUGAAUUCCUAAAUGCAUUAGCACAUGGUGGUGUGCAGUCUCAAUUAUCAGAAAUCCAUCCCAGUAAUGGGGAAGAUCAAGGAGCCAGUGGUACAGGCCUUGGAUUCUUAAUUAGUCCCAUGAUAAAAGUUCUUGAUGAAAUGUACAGAGCACAAGAUGAACUGAUCAAGGAUAUACGCAACCAUGAUAACACAAAUAAAGAAUGGACAGAUGAAGAGUUGAAGAAACUUUAUGAAACCCAUGAACGGUUGCUAGAUCUCGUUUCAUUAUUUUGUUAUGUUCCCCGAGCAAAGUAUCUACCUUUGGGGCCAAUAAGUGCAAAACUUAUUGAUGUCUACCGUACAAAGCACAACAUAAGUGCAUCAACUGGUUUAAGUGACCCAGCUGUUGCUACUGGAAUUUCUGACCUAAUUUAUGAAUCUAAGCCACCUCCUGUUGAGUCUGAUGCACUUGAUGAUGACUUGGUGAAUGCCUGGGCAGCAAAUCUUGGUGAUGAUGGGUUAUUGGGAAACAGUGCACCUGCAAUGAACAGGGUCAAUGAAUUUCUUGCUGGUAUUGGAACUGAUGCUCCCGAUGUUGAAGAAGAGAAUAUAAUCUCUAGACCUUCAGUUAGCUAUGAUGAUAUGUGGGCAAAGACACUAUUGGAGCCUUCAGAAUUAGAGGAAGAUGAUGGGAGGUCAUCUGGGACAUCUUCCCCAGACUCAACAGGAUCUGUUGAAACUUCCAUAUCAUCCCACUUUGGUGGAAUGAGCUACCCAUCACUGUUCAGUUCAAAGCCAACCAAUUAUGGAGCAUCACAGAGCUCGGAGAGGUCAGGGGGAAGAAGGUAUGGUGGCUCCUCAUCAAUUUAUGAGACAGGGUCUCCGAUUAGAGAAGAGCCUCCAUCAUAUGCAUCAUCUGUCAUGCAGAGGUACGAGUCAUUUGAGAACCCUUUAGCUGCUCGUGGGUCCCAGAGUUUUGAAUCUGAGGAUGAGGAGCGACUUUCUUCUGGAAAUCCACAAUCAGGAAAGGCACUCUAUGACUUCACUGCUGGUGGAGACGAUGAGUUAAAUUUAACAGCUGGAGAAGAGGUCGAAAUCGAAUACGAAGUUGAUGGAUGGUACCAUGUGAAGAAGAAGCGUCCUGGAAGGGAUGGUAAAAUGGCAGGGCUAGUUCCUGUCCUUUAUGUCAAUAAAUCUUGACAUCUCACAAAAGUAACAAAUCCUUAUUCUUCACCAAUCACCAUGUGCCAUAUAUCAAUUUUCUGUAGAAUAAUGUAGCGUGCUUGAGUUCUAAGAGGUUAUACCUUUUUUUUUUUUUU